UACACUUCCGCUACACUUCCCGAGUAACACACAGGUGUUCAGAGCAUGCUAGAUCGUUAAUUGCUAGAAAACAGACGGAAGACGAGGCUUUCCGUAAACAAGCGCUGUAACAUGGAUAUAUUGCCGUGUGGGAACACUAACAAGAACACGCCUUCGUCCAAUGACUCUUGUGUAACAUUAAUGCAAUGGAACAGAGUCAUGACCAAGGAGUGGUACAGUAACCGAAAAGGACGUGACCACUGUAAGCGGCCCCACUGUCUGUACAAGCAUGACAAAGACGACCGAGGAAUGUUUGACAACACCCUGCAUGGGUCACCGGUAACAACAGCAGGUGUUUGGAAAACUCAUUCCACUUCCAUUAAUGGAGUCCCACAGGUCAAUGAAGCCAAAGACCCUUGCCUUUUGGAGUUGGAGAGGAUCAACAAAGAAAUUGAGACUGUUAAGAAUGAGGUUGAGAAGGAGCAAAGGAGAUUAUCUCGUUACCAAACUGUGCAGGUGGACAGUGAAAGAACAGGGUCCAAGAAAGUCUUGAUUGCCAAAUCUGAAACACCAGGCAAAGAUCUGAAUGGAAAUAGUGUAAAGUCUAAACACAGGCAGUCAACUACAGUCUAUUCUCCUGCCCGGAGGAAGUAUGUGGUUGACAACUCCAAACCCAGGACUGAUUUGGAAUAUGACCCCCUGUCCAACUUCUCAGCUUCUUUGCGAUCUAGUGGUUGUUCUGAGUACAAACCAGGUAAUGAGCAGAAAGUGAGAAGUGGGCAAGGUGUGAAGAGGACUAGAGAGAAUGUUUGUAAGGAGGACCAAACUAAGCCACCUUUUCAAGAGUUCACUGCCUCACCAGCUAGUAGUAACAAGCUAGUUGAUGAUUCUGAAGAAGAAGAAGGGGUCCUCAUCAUUGAUAUUCCACCUCUGGAGAGCGAUAGAAAGAAGUGUCGGGCUCAGAAGCCCUGUAAGAUCAACACAAACCAAUCACAGGAAAUCAAAGAGGAAGUCCACCCUGUUUUUGUUCCUACUGUGGCUCAUGCUCCACUUAGUAUUCCACUUCCUGUGUCCACUCCUGGUCCUGAAGUAGUUGAAGUCCUAUCCCCACCUGCAGUGUCUGAGAUUGUGAAAGAUGAUAACCUCAACACUUAUGGCCUAUCUAGUGUUUCCGCUAGUCGGGGAAAUGAUGGUGAACCCAGUGCUGAGAGUGUAUUUGAUGACUUGUCCAAAUGCUUGGAAAACCUGAGGAGUGAAAGUGAGAGAAUAGUUUGUUACCAAGAGGCUGAAGUCACUGCUGAAAGCAACUGUGUCCCAGAACCUGUGACUCUCAAAAUGAGUCUAUCAUCCUUACAGACACGCCACCAUAAUGAGCCAGUUAAGACUGAUGUCAACUUACUGAUGGCAGAGCCUGGAUUGCUUGAACGUGAGCUUGCCUACAACUGUGUUGAGAACAGUAACCAUCUUCAACCCAAUGAAGUCUCAUAUGGACAUAUAUCUUCACUACCUCAUAAUGUUUUAGUCCCUCCCUCUAUCUACUCCCCCCAUAAACUCCCCAUUGAGACCCAGAGAAGUGAGCAGCCAGUAGCACAGAGCUCUGCUCAGAGUUACUGGUCACCUGUACAGAGUGUAUCAUCAGUGCCAUGUCUGCAGAAAAUACCAGGCCAAACGCCAGCGCUUGAUUUCUCCCUGCCUAGUCCAGUUCCGGGAGCAAACUUUGUAGAGCAAGCGGCCACUACUGUGGGUUUCACCCAAUGCCAGCUGUUAUAUGGGCCAACUGCGUCAGGGACUAAUGGAGUAGAAUUACAAUCUGCUCCUUUAGAGCAGCCAACUGUGGAAGCAAUGAAUGAACACAUUGUUAUUGAUUCAAAUUCUGAGGAGCUCGAGUAUUCAGAGUUAUCUGAUAGUGACACAAUGGAGGAAUGCUAUCGUAUCUUCAUGGAGGAAGCCAACAAGGGUGAAGAGGGAUCGACAGACCAGGCUUGUACACCUGUAGGAGCUGUGGAUGUGGAGACACCAGGGUUAGCAGUGAAACCCAAACCGUUGCCAGGACCCAGGAAGAGGGUGGCCCAUGUGUCCAGAUAUACUGAGCCACCGGUGGGCAAAAGCAAAGCCCAGGUGAUCGUUCCUUUCCGUGGAGGAGCCCCCCAGUUGUCCAACCCCUCUAAGAUCCAGCAGCUGCAGCAGAGGGCCUCCGUUUUGUCCGCUGCUCUGAAAGGAGGCCAGGCAUUCAUCUCCAACUCUCAGAGAAAAAUGGUGAUGCUGCCUUCUCCUGCUCAUCAGGCCACCCACCAUCCAGUUCAAUACCUCAUUCACCAGCCAACUCACCAAACUACUAUGCAAAACUCAUGUGUGAACGUCAUACCUGUGGGAACAGCCAUCCAGGUGGGCAACAACCUGCAUUUCAUCCUCCCAGAGGGAAGCUACACUCUGCCCAUCACUCCAGCUAAUUCUCCAGUCACCCCGGUCCAUACCCCGGUCCAUACUCCAGUUACACCUGUUCCUGUACAACCUCAGCCUACUGCCUAUAUCCCUGCUAAGCCCAUUCCUACCAAACGUAAGGCCAAGAUGCGUCCUGAGGUCAGCGCCAAAGUCCCACAUGACGUACGGCAGCGCUAUGUAAACCUGUUUGUAGAGGAAUUCCUCAAAACGUCCGUCACUGUACAAGAUGCUUUUGAAAAGGCUCUUGCUGAGGAGAAGACUGUGUAUGAUCGCAGCAUCAACAAACUCAAGUAUCUGAGUGUUGCAGUGAAUGCACUGAAGAGGCUGAAGAACCAGAGCUCUGUCUCUGUCAAAGCUGGAAAUGAAACUAAUGUCCAGUUGUCCAAAGGAAAUAUUCCACUCAAUGAAAAAGCACUUUGGGGAAAUGGAGAUGUUGCAUUGUAUGACAGUUUGAAGGAGCACAUUCUGUCAGAGGAGAUAUUGAUGGAGAAUAACUAUCCUCUUCAGCACCCAGAGAAAUCUGGCAGUGCCAUAUUGUACCGUGAAGACUAUAAAAAGGGAAUCACUGAUCGUGAGUACGCUUUGAAGAGGAUUUGCUGUCGGUGUGGGGCCACUUACUCUGUGAACCAAGUGGGAAAGCACACUCGCAAGGAGGAGUGCAACUACCACUAUGGGAAAGGAGUUGAGAAGAAGGUUCCAGGUGGAGUGGAAACACGCUACAGCUGCUGUGAAGGUGUGGCUGGGUGUCCUGGAUGCCAAGUCUUCAAGCUGCAUGUCCAUGAUGCAGUUAGCCUGGAUGGCUUUGUCAGUACCCUUCCAAGGCCUGCCUCUGACAAGGGAUGCCCGGGUGUGUUCUCAGUCGACUGUGAAAUGUGCUAUACCACUCAAGGUCUGGAGCUGGCCAGAGUGACUGUUGUCAACUCCAGUUUGCAGGUCAUCUAUGACACCUUUGUGAAACCUGAUAAUGACGUCAUUGACUACAACACCAGGUUUUCAGGCAUCAAUGAAGCUGAUGUGAAAGGAACAAGCUCGUCCAUCCGAGACGUUCAGGAGACUCUAUUGAGCUUUGUCAGUGCUGAGACUAUACUGAUCGGCUACGGCUUGGAAUCUGACCUCUGUGCACUGAAGCUGCUCCAUGGCACCGUGGUGGACACCUCUGUGUCGUUCCCCCACCGCCUGGGCCUGCCUCAUAAGAUGACCCUCCACAACCUGACAGCAGACUACCUCAGGAGGAUCAUCCAGGAGAGUGGUGGGUCAAACACAAACAAGUCUGGCAGUGGGGAGGAUGUCCAUCUACUGUGUGUCAUUAAAGUUUUUUUUUUUUUUUAUACUGUCAAACUGAUCCUGGUGAAAUCAGGGAGACAUGUUGCAUGAAUGUUCUUAAUGAAAAAUAUUUCACAAUUCCAAUUCUGUCCAUUCACUACAUUUAAAAAAAUGUUCUUAACACUAAUAAAAAGGAACGUUACAGGUGAGAAGGAAAAUCUGAGAGAGAAUAUUUUGUGUUGCGUAGGAGGCUACAGUCCUAAAACAUGUAUCCACUAAUGUGAGAAUCAUUCCUGAUCCAAGGCUUUCUGAUACAUGUAAGAUAUACCCAGGCCUACAUUAGUCUUGCAGUAACUAUGUGUAUGGCAUUGUUCCUGUCUCUUCCAGUGGGUGGCCAUGACUCAGCAGAAGAUGCUGCUGCCUGUAUGGAGCUCAUGCUGUGGAAGGUCAAAGAAGAUGGCAAAACUAAACGAUGGUGAUCUGAAUAAAACUGGCAUCGCCCACCUUCGUUAUUCAUGAAAUCACAGAGAUGUAUGUUACAAUGUCACUUAUUUGUAUAAAGGGGAAGUGUUGUUGGCUCAUUUCUUCAAAUGGUCUGGGUAGGCUUGGAGAGGGAAAUUAUAUUUGUUAUGUACAUUCGUUUUUUGAUGGAAUUAAUUUUUGUUUAAUCCUUGUUCAAUAUUAUGCUUCUCAGUCUAUGCCAAUGUAAUUAUUAUUUGGGGAUGCACUCAACACUGGGAAAGAAUAAUAUACAUUGAAAGUAAAAGCACAGUAAAGAAAUCUGUUGUGGGGUAUUAUUGUUAUGAUCAUGGUUGAUGGGAAUUGCAGCAUUACGCUUUCAUAGCUGUGUGUGACACCUGAGGAGAUUAGUCAAGUCCAACAUCCAAUAAACUCAAUGUGAGCAAGAAACAGGCCCCUCCCCAGUCUAUCUACAGUCCUCAACACUUUCAGAUGUUAUGUGAUGAUACAUAAAACCUCCGUGUCACUGAGGAUAAACUAUUUCAAUAAUUAUUUAACACCAUUCUUUUGAAAGAACAGGUCCAACUUGUGUAAAGCCUUUCAUUUCCUCUACAACCAGGCAAUGAACGUAAACGUUAAUUAAAAUAAAUGGAACGUACAAUA